CAACAGACCAUCCGCCAGUCAGCAACCAGACGGGAUUCCCCAAUUCCCACGACAGCCACCACCACUCAGAUCUCUCCCGCCUCACAGCGCGCGCCAAUGCCAUCCGCCGACGCCGCCGACGCGACGCCCGCGGCGGCGGCGCCGCCUAGGGCCGCAAUCUCGCACGUCAUCUUCGACAUGGACGGCCUCCUCCUCGACACGGAGGGGUUCUACACGGCGGUGCAGGAGAAGAUCCUGGCGAGGUACGGCAUGGUGUUCGACUGGUCCGUCAAGGCCAAGAUGAUGGGCAAGACGACGGCCGAGUCCACGCGCAUCUUGUUCGAGGAGUGCGGCCUCACCGGUCUUCUCACGCCGGAGGAGUUCCUCGAGGAGCGUGAGACCAUGCUCAAGGAGCUCUUGCCCACCAGCGUUGCCAUGCCAGGUGUCCUACGCUUGAUCCAUCAUCUACAUACUAAUGGAAUACCACUAGCUGUUGCAACAGGAACCCAUAAACAUCACUUUGCACUAAAGACUCAAAACCACCAGGAAAUAUUUUCCCUGAUGCAUCAUAUUGUCACGGGGGAUGAUCCAGAUGUGAAGGCUGGCAAGCCAUCUCCUGAUAUUUUUCUUGCUGCCAUGAGGAGGUUCGAGUGUGAUGUAGGACCCAGUAAUUGCUUGGUUUUCGAAGAUGCACCAUUGGGUGUGGCAGCAGCUAAAACUGCUGGAAUGCAUGUAUUGAUGGUCCCAGAUGCACGGUUGGAUGUUUCACAUCACAAAGAAGCCGACCAAGUUCUCAGUUCACUACUGGAUUUCAAUCCUAGCGCAUGGGGCUUGCCAGUUUUCAAGGAUUAGAUAAUUAUCAUACUAGAUAUGUCAUGUCUCACCACAUAUUUGGUGAGAUGAUGUGGUUGGCAUCCUACAAUUCAUCUAUGAAUAGUGGCAUAUUUCAAAAGAUUACAAAGGGAUAAAGAAAACUCGGGUCUAAGCUAGUAGAAGCAUAGGUCGGCUUUACAGGUUUGUUGCUGCUUCAGCAAGGUACAGUAUUUUCAGAUUCAUCAUUCAUAUACAUUUUAUUUGUCAAAAACGUGAGAACAGUUCGAGCAUUCUGGCAGCUUGUUUUGACAGGAUAUACUGCAUACUCCAUUCUGUAGAAUGGCCCCUAUCAACAUCUGUUUUGACCUGAAGUUUUACUUUUCCUUUCAAAUGAGAAGAUACUAGGAAAAUACUAGCAUAGGUUUGUCAACGCUGGGCAAUGCUCAUUUUGAGUAUGGAGGAGCCUAUAAAGAUGCCUAGAUUCGCAUGAAGAUUGGGGUGCAAAUGGUGUGGAUAUUUCCAAACCGGCCACCCGACUGCCCAAAGAGGGUCGGAUAGUGAUGCAUAGUUUUUUCUACGGAAAUUUAGAGAUCUAUUCUUUGGGAUAUUGGAUCCAAAUAUAAGAAAGCAACUCCGUUGAAUACCAAAUGUCCUAUUGGAUAAUUUGAAUAGCUAGGUACUUAGGUUAUAGGAUUCGAGUAGUAACUUCAUUUAAAAAAUGAAACUGAUCAUGUUUAUAAAUUCAAAAUAAAUCUAAAAAUACAACUA